AUGAUACACAAACUGUAUGAGGUCUGGAUCACCUGCGACGGCAAACCCCUCCCCGAGUACUCUGUGCUCCCUCAGGGUCCCGACGGGCGACUCGCGACGUGCUACAUCCCCAGCGAGAGCGGAAAAGUGAGCACCGUCCUUGCUCAAUCCGCUCUGACACGCCCUGCAGAACUUCGCGAUCCACUGGCACGAUCGCGCGGCCACCGACGACCUCAGCGGCUCUCUGUCGGCAAGUUGUGUCGCGCGGGGAGGUGGGGGCGCAAGGCGGGGAUAGUGACAGCGGCUGGCGCACGCGCGUUCAUGUUCUCGGAGCUGAUGACCACCGGUGCCCUUUGCUGCCCAGACGACGAUGCUGGCGCAGGGCCCGUCCACCGAGACCUGGGCUCUAUCAGAGUCAACGUCACCCGUGUGCGUUCCAACGCGAGCCAGGUCGACUUCCUCUCGGAGCAGUUCGCCGGAGUGGGACCUGUUCACGAGCGAAGCAAGAUGUCCGGGACGCACGGCGUAGGGUGA